UUUCGCUUCCAGCUUUUAAUAGAUAAUAAGCCGUGCCCUGAAACUCCACAAUAUGCGAUCAGUAUCACAUACUUCCCAGAAUUCAUACCAUCUGCCGAUGAAAUUGUAAGUAAUUGGUAUAAUGAAAUCGUAAAUUAUGACUUCCAAAAUCCGAAAUUCAACGAGGACAGCAAACAUUUUACACAAAUCAUAUGGAAGAAUACAAAGUUUAUGGGAGUUGCUGUAAGGAAAAGCAAUGAAAAUUCUAUAGUGGCCAUAAGUUAUGAACCAUCUGGUAACAGAGAAAAUCAAUAUGCAGAAAAUGUACCGCCAGCAAUUUAAAUUGAAUUGUUUUUGCUGUUUAUUAAACAUUUUUUUUUCAUAUGUAUGUGUUAGCAUAAUUUUAUUAAAAUGUGUAUCUUUUUAAAUUUCACUAAAUUUAUUUACUUUUUGUAUUAA